AUGGAUAAGGCGUUGGACUUCGGAUCCGAAGAUUGCAGGUUCGAGUCCUGCCAGGGUCGAAAUCUUUUGGGAACCGCUUGCAGCAUCAUUCAGGAAGCCAUGGGAUUCCCGAAGUGGCAUAGAUCUUUUGGAAAAUCACGAUUUUAUCAGUCCACAGCGUUUACCUGUCUGCUCAUAUACCUUAAGUCAUUGAAAACCCGUGGCCUUGUGGCCUAA